GCAGCUGAUAGAGCAAUGUAAACAAAUCUUUGCGCCAAACCAUCGCCGACUGUUUUGGCCAGAAUCAACAGGAAUCAACAAUAUUUUAUCCUGUUAUGAAUAUGGAGUCCUUCAUCCGCGGAUCCUGCGAAUCCAUGUGUCCCAAACCGGAAAUUGAACUUCGAACCCGCGAAAAACUGGUCCACUUUUACGAGCUAAAACCAACAGCCAGUGGCCACAGCCGAUCGUCACCGGACCCGGAGCGGAUGGUCAAGGAGUUUGCGCGUUCGGCCGCCGGCAUGCGACAACCGCGGCACUGGGAACUACGCACCGUGCGGACGCUGAAGCGAACCGUGCGCUUCCUGCUGACGGAAAUUAUUCAGGACGAGCGCCGUCCUUACAGCUUCCGGUACGAGUUUGUUUUUGAUCGGUUGCGCGCAAUUCGGCAGGAGCUGGUCAUGCAGAACCUGGGUCCGGAGGAGACGCUGGACAUUUUGGAACCUUCGGUGCGCUUCCUAGCGUACAGUGCGUACAGGUUGUGCGAGUGCCACAUCAGCGAGUUCGACCCCAAGAUCUGCACGACGCACGUGCAGGAAUGUUUGAAGAAGAUACUGCGAUGUUACGACGAUCUGGACGUGCUGGCGAAGCGUUACGAGCGGUCGCGCAGAGUCGCGAUGGAAGGAUUGUACUUGAUGUUCAACUUGGGCAGUAUGGAGGCGGUACUUCGUGGAGUCAACCUGCCUAAAGAAUAUCGGGAAAACCUCAGCUUACAACUCUCAACCAGCAUCGAGUACCUUCGGGGGAACUUCUACCGCGUGCUCCGCAACAUCGAGCGACUCCCCGCGCUGGAAGCCGCCGUCGCUACGCUCAAACUCCCAGACAUUCGACGCCAACUGCUGCUCCACUUCUCGGCGGCUUACGCGAGCAAAGUGUUGACCGUUCCACUCGAGUGGGUCGGUCACGUUCUGCACUACCCGGAACGCGACCAUCCGGCACUGCUCGAGGACUGCCAGUACUACAACCUGCAACUGAUAGGGGCCGACGACAGGCCGAAAAACCAAUCUACCGUGAAGUCUUCCUCGACGAAAGACAACUGGUGGGACGAGGAGGAUAGUUUCGAAGAACGCGGCGGAGACAUUCUCGGCGGAAUGACGGUGAAAUUCGAGAGGACUCGGUUCGAUUCCAGUAAGCCGACGAAACAGCCACGCAGGACGGAGUGCGCGGACCGGAAGCUGGGUCAAGUGGCGUCGCUGGCGGAGGUGCUGUUGUAGUGUGCGGAGAAAUCGUUUUAAACUUGAUCAAAAUGUUAAAAAUGUUACGAACGAUCUCAGUGAUGUGUUAUAACGAUUAUUUUUAUAACAUGGUUUUUCAAUUGUAAAA